AGCCUUGUGCGCCGCAGCUUUCGCCCGAGCUCGGUCGCUGCGGACGCGAUGUCGGGGCUCUGGCUCUCGCUCCUUUGGGCCGUCACCUGCCUGGCGGCGCGCGGUGUGCUGUCGGAGGAGCCGAACACUACCGUGCCCCAUAACGUGACUUUAACGCCCACCAAGAUAACCCCGACGAUUUUGACGACCCCCACGCCGAACACCACUGCUACACCAGGAACCUGUGAAAACCACCAGGACUGUGCAUCCUGUGUUAAUGGUAGUACUACCUGCUUCUGGUUAGAAUGUAAAGAAGCAAAUAAGAGCCACUGUUCACAUAAUUCAACAGCUAGUGAUUGCCAUGCGGUGAACCGCACAGAAUCCUGUUCUGUGCCCACUGCUACUCCAUCACCAACCAGUUCUACAGCUAGAACCACAGCUACGCCUUACUCGACUACAGCUUCCACCACAGUUCCUACAUCAGGAACGGCAAACACCACCUUGACUCCAACCUCACAGCCCGGGCGGAAGUCUACCUUUGAUGCGGCCAGUUUCAUUGGAGGAAUUGUCCUCGUCUUGGGUGUGCAAGCUGUGAUUUUCUUUCUCUAUAAAUUCUGCAAAUCUAAAGAACGAAACUACCACACUCUGUAAAACACAUCAAAUUAACACAGACUGCCGGUUCGUUCAUGUAAUUCACUGAAACCAAAAUAAUAUCUUUCAAGAUGUCCCACAUGGAAGACGCUGUUCCAGGAUCUUUAAAUUUCCAAAGGAGGCAUAUAGGAUAUUUUGGAGCAUCGUCCUUGAAGAAAAAUCAGUUAUGUCUUUUUGCUCAACAGGAAUAUUUAAAAUAUUCUGCAUGAAUCCUUGUGGCUGUCUUCUUUUAUUUUAAAUGGCUACUGCUGUGGGAUUAUUUUCUCUUUUCUUGACAUGCCAAAUGUAACUUUUUGUAAGGGAUGGAAAACAUUGUCCUGUGCAGACAGCCUCAUGACUCUCUUGGCAGUUUAAAUUUAGUCAUUUUAAGGCCAGAAAGCUGCGUUAUUUUCAUCCUAACUCAGGAUGUAGUUAGUGAGAAGAAUGUGCCAAAUGAGCAUCAAUCAGGUGGAGUUUUGGCUAUCAUUUCAAAAGGGGAAUAAAUUUAUACAUUUAGUACUACUAAACUGUAUCCUUAAAGUAAAAUUUUGUGCUUGAUAAGUUAUUUUUUCUACAUUAGAAAUAGGAUGCCACACAGGGAAUUUACAUUCCAGUUUUAAAGAAAUGAAUGGAAAGGAUACAAACCAUUAAUGUAUAGCAGGUUAUUGUUCAUACUUGUAAAGCACCUUGUAUCAUUGGAAAAUAAAGAACAGUGCCUUAAAAGACAGACUGAAAGGUAGGCUGUAACUUAAAAUGUUUGCGAUUUGUUCUUUUUACAUUAAGAAAAGUAAAGGUCGCGCAGAGGAUGUAACUGUUGAUGUGAGCAGUAGGAAACCUGCUUUUAGAUACCAUACUGCUGGUAUUUGAUUGAAAACUCACCUAUUUUAUCUCAGAGCUGAAUAACUUAAGCUAAAAGAUGUUAUGCAAAGUUGAAAGCAUUCACAUAUUAAACCUCCAACUCUUUUUUUAAUGGCUGUUAAAGUAUAAUUAGAGAUAAAAUUGGUUUAAUUAUGUUCUUCCUUUGUACUUCAAAAAUGUACCAUAACACUGUUGUACCUUGGAAGGAUUUCCACGAAUCUUACUUGAAAAGUAACUUCUUUCAUGAGUCAAAAAGGAGGAAAUAAGUUGUUUUAGAAUCAUUUACUAACUCUUUAAAUGAGACAAUCAUUUUAUGUUUUCAGACAGCAAAUGUAACUAGUGUAAUUUCAGAAAAUCUAAGGAUUUUUGGUUGAUCAGAUUACUGUAUUAUUGCCCUGAAUGAAUAGAUAGAGCUUUCUGUUUUUCUUCCGUCCCUUCCAUUCUUUUUGGUUCCAAUUCCUGUAGUAUAGUGAACAUAUGUAGUUCUGUAGCUUUUUUAUGAAGGACUAGUUUUUGUUUUUGUUUUAGUUUUAGAACAAAUUAAAAGGGAUACUCUCCUCUGCUUUUGACAUAUUGGAUUAGUUCAGAGGCUUAAAUUAGUUUAAAAUAAGCCUUUUUUUUUUUUUUUUUUUCCUAGGUCUUUGAGCUUUCCCGUUUUAGUUUCUUUAUAGUGGCUGAGUUCAGCACUUGGUUUUCAAUAUUUUAUGGUAGGAAAUGGUAAAUCACUUUGGUCCGUCUCAAAAACCGGCUCUUCGCAUUUAGAUAGUUAUAUUAAAAGUUGUUAAAAUGGAGAUUUACUGUUUCUUUGUUACUUACUGGUACAGCUAAAGUUUGUUUUACUUGCACAUUUGUACAUACACCUAAUGUUUUCAAGUGCCUUAAUUGUUUAAAAUCUCUGGCUUGAAAGGAUUUGGGGGAAACGGUAGGUUAGUUUACUUUAUGUUUUUGUGUUUCUUUUAGUAGUAAUAUUCUAGGUACCUCAGAAAAUUUUUCAUGGUGCCAUGGCUGUUACUUGAUACAGGAUUCAUUUGAAAAUAUUCGGAAUUUCCAUUCCCUCCAAAGUGGCAAAAAAGUAGCUACAGUAGUAUAAUUGUCAUUUACUUGGAUAGGGAAUACUUCAGCACACAUUAGCGUUAACACAUACAGCAAAUUUCAUGAAGUUGUAGCUUGAUUUGAAGCCUCUUACCUGUAAUUUUGAGCACCGCUUCAACAAAAUCAUAUGAAGUCAGACUUUGCAGAUCUACAGAAGAGCUCUUUACAGCAUAACUCAGCCUUUUCAGAUCCGUUUUCCCCUUUCCUUUAGCAAUUUAAUAUCUUGAGCCAUUAAUUUUUUUUUUUUUUUUUAAUCCGGAAGUUACAUAGAAGCUUUUUCAGGUUUUUCAUCUGGUUUGUUCGUGCAGUUGUAGUUCUGUCAAAUACUUCGUUUUACCUAUGGAUUUUUGUUGCACAGGCAGAUACUGCUGUAUUUAGAAAUUUCUAUUUUAGUUCAUGCAAAACCGCAAAACCAAUCUGUAUCAUGUACCAAAAUGAUUUAAAAUAAAUCUACGUGUUUAUCGACCUAAUCUGA